AUCUGGACUAUUUGAACAUUGGACUCCUUUUAUCAGUCUUUCCUCUGAUUUUUAAAUUUACACCUUAGUUUGCACUUUUUGUCAUCCAGACCGACCUAUAAAAGGUCAGCUUUUAACCCUACCUCAGCACUUGGGGAUUUGCUCUAGUAGAGUUUGGUUUAGGAUCGUGUUAGUCUACAGACGUAAACAUGGCACCUAAGACUGUGCUCAUUACUGGCUGUUCGACAGGGAUGGGGCUGGCAGCGGCAGUGAUGAUGGCCAAGGACGCGCGAUUCAAGGUUUAUGCCACAAUGAGGAAUCUCAAGUCCAAAACUGACUUGGAGAAAGCAGCCGGACGCACCCUGAACAAGUCGCUCUUCAUCCGAGAACUUGACGUUACCAAGGAGUCCACCAUCAAAUCGGUCGUGGGUGAGAUUUUAAAGGAAAACGGGAGAAUCGAUGUUCUUGUGAACAAUGCUGGCUACUCGGAAACAGAUGCCAUCGACCAACUGCCCUUGGAGGCUUGUCAGGCCAUGAUGGACACCAAUUUCUGGGGCGCAGUGAGGACCAUGCGAGCCGUGUUACCAGCGAUGAAGAGACAGAAGUCUGGCCGGAUCAUCAAUGUCACCAGUGCGACUGCUUUGUGGGGCACGCCUUUCGUUGCCACCUACACUGCCGCCAAAUUUGCCUUGGAGGGCUUCACUGAAUCGAGUGCCCCAGUGCUGAAACGUACAUACAACAUCAGAAUGAGCAUUGUGGAACCUGGGCCGACGCAAACAGCAAUGGUCACCAAGUUCGGGGCCGUAUCUCCAGCUGAGCAAUCCAAGAAUUUCGAUCCCCCUUUGAGAGACGAAUAUGUGAAGUUUAUGGAGGCAUUUGCAGCUCCCAUGAUGAAGUCAAUGGUGAGCGCCGACGAAGCAGCCAAGGUGAUCGUGGAGGCCAUAGUGAGUGAAAAUCCCCACCUGCGUUACCAGAUCCAAGACCUCUACAAGAAGUUAGCAGCCAAGAAGUUUGUAGACCCUCAUACAGAUGCCAUACUUAGUGUGGAAAAGUUCUUGGAUGCGUUGAAAUAAGUACGCCCUGGGAAAGAUAGUAUGGGCGAUAAAAAUUAGUUUUAACAAUCAAUAGAUUGCUUAGCGAUAAUGAAAUACCUACAAUUAACAAUGGGGUAAACUAUACGCGUGCUUUUCGUUCAUUCAAAAUCUGUUACCAUAGGAACUAGUCAAGGUUACCAUUCAUAAUCGGUGACAGUUAUUUACAGAGAAAAAGGGAUGCGUAGUACCGUGAUUAGAAUAUAGAAAAAAAAUAUAACAUAUAAUCAGUGCUCUGAAUUAUGUAAUUGCUGAGGUUUUGUAACAGGGUACCGUCGUCAGGGCAAGCAGAUGAAUAUGUUUUUUUACAAUUAUUUACAUUUUAGUUUAUAGUGUACCAAAAUUUUGGACGUCAUUAUGAAGCAGGAAGUGUAGUGCAAGCGAAUGGAGUGCGCGCGCGCGCGAUGGUUGACGGACUGGUUCUCGCGCUUAUGCCCUUUUACACGUUGUGUGCGUGACGCAAUCCCUUUGGUACUCUAUCCGAUUCGUAUAUGUGACGUCACUUCAGUAUAAACCACGCCCACUGCACAUGGAGCUACAUGGAAGUUAAGGUCCAACUUGAUUGAGUGCUCAUCCCACGGAAGCUUGAAAUCAGUUCGUGCGCGUGUAUGACAAAGUCACAAGCCGGAUACCACUGCUCCCUUACUAAAAAUAGCAUCGUGUGACAUUUCACACGAUUGCAAUGCGCUAUACGAACCUGUUAUUAAGUAGUUUUACAAAACGGUUGUAUGGUAGCUUUUUUCAUAAACGUUUGGUAAAAGCUUAAUUUUGAAUUGAGUUAAGUCAAUAUUUACCUAAUAUCUUCAUAAAUGCAAUUAAGAAUUUUUUUUACAUAAUUUAACGCAUAAUUAACAAAUUACACAUUUAAAAUAUACUUCAAACAGAACGAAUAUGCACUGUUUUGUUGGUUUCAGACGUUUUGUACGUUUCAUUCUGUCGACAGGAAAUACGUUACCGGUUUGUAUCCGUCGACUUGUAACACAUUAUCAGUCGGUGGUACGUCAUUUGUUGGCUAAUAUAUUGCAUGUAGCUGUAACACAGUGCACCGUUACAAAUCAUUAUAGUGAAUUGUAUUCCGUAGUGAUGAAUACCUUUUGUAGUUAUUUGUUCAAAAAUUAAAUAUUAGAA